UUGUGGGUAAUAAUAAUAAUGAGGGCGAGAUAUGUUAACUGUAUCGUGUAGGCUCAAACUGUUUCACUUUGGAAAGUAAAACUCAAAGUUUCACUUAGUUACAAAACAGCUGAUGCAAUCAAUUUUUUAUCGUAUUGUAUUUACUUAUUAUUAAGUGACAGUCUAACCAAAGAGGAUAACGACGUUUUGUGCAUCUUCAACCGUCGACUUUUUUGCCACUAGAGACAAAAACACUGAGGUAUUUUUCUGAUUUCGACUAUUUAUAUAUUACACGAACAAAAUCUUUUGACUGUCUGUUUAUUAAACAAUUUUCUUUUAAAAAUCGAGUUUUCUUAAGAUGUUCAUAUUUAAGAAGAGAGUUUGAAUAGGUAAGUUCAUUCAAUCAUUCCCUUGUUUUUGAUUUGAAUACGUUUUGUCUGUUGUGCAUGAUAGAUAACCAUUAUGUAAUAGGAAGAUAAGAUCAUUUGAAGGUUAAGUGAAAGUGCAACAUAACGUCUUGUUCUUAUCAUUAACUAUAUGUGAUUUUCAAAGAUAAACCGUAGAUUUUCUUAUAGAUAUGAUAUCCAACAAGUCAUAAAAGAGGAGGAAAAAUCUAUAGGAAUGACUUGGUCACAUGUGACGAAUCAGCCGCAAAGCAAAACAAUUAAAACGUGGUCUCCCUCUAUUCAAAGAUUUUGAGAUAAUCAUCUUUCACUCUCCAUACUUAUAUUACAAAAAUACCCUUUUUACUACCAUGGCCUCUAUAUAUUUCAAGCACAUGACACUAGUGCACAUAUCCAAAAAGAAGAUUACUUAGAGGAAAAACAAAAUGGGGUCUCUAGGAGAACAGCCACAAGUAGCAGAAGACUGCAUGGGCUUGCUUCAACUCCUCAGCGACGGCACCGUUGUAAGAUCCAAACGCAUUGACCUUAUCACCCAACAAAUCCCACUCGCUAACCACAAAAGUAACGUUCUCUUCAAAGACUCAAUCUAUCACAAACCAAACAACCUUCACCUCCGUCUCUACAAACCCGCUUCCGCCUCUAACCGCUCCGCCACCGCUCUCCUCCCCGUCGUGGUCUUCUUCCACGGCGGGGGUUUUUGCUUUGGCUCACGCACUUGGCCUCACUUUCACAACUUCUGUCUUACUCUUGCAUCGUCCCUCCACGCCCUUGUGGUCUCACCUGACUACCGGUUAGCACCAGAACACCGCCUCCCGGCCGCCUUUGAGGAUGCGGAGGCAGCGCUUACGUGGCUCCGGGACCAGGCUGUUUCCGGUGAAGGGGACCACUGGUUUGAAGGUGGACCGGGAGUUGACUUUGACCGGGUUUAUGUCCUUGGUGAUUCCUCCGGUGGGAACAUAGCUCAUCACCUUGCUUUCCGGUUCGGUUCAGGUUCAACCGAAUUGAGUCCGGUUAGGGUUCGCGGUUAUGUGCUUUUGGGACCGUUUUUUGGCGGGGUAGAGAGGACCAAGUCCGAGGAUGGCCCGUCGGAAGCUUUGCUCAGCUUGGAUUUGCUUGACAAGUUUUGGAGACUUUCACUACCAGAAGGUGCAACAAGGGAUCAUCCCAUGGCUAACCCUUUUGGGCCGACAAGUCCUGCACUCGAAUCAGCUAGCAUAGAGCCAAUGUUGGUGAUCGCUGGUGGCUCAGAGCUCCUAAGAGAUAGGGCCAAAGAGUAUGCAUAUAAAUUGAAGAAGAUGGAAGGGAAAAAAGUAGAUUACAUUGAAUUUGAAAACGAGGAACAUGGUUUUUUCAGCAGCAAUCCAUCUUCUGAUGCAGCGAAACAGCUUCUUCGUAUCAUUGGAAACUUUACGGAUAACUUGAAUUUCUAGUAUAUUUUAGCAUUUUACUUGUUUAGGUCACUGAGAGCUUACAUCAAUUUUGGAUUCCAUCUCAAUAAGUUUCAUUGGUGAAUCAUAUAUCAUGUUUUUGGUUUCAUAAUACAUCCUUACAUAUCAUAUCUAUCUUGAAUGGUAUAUUAUUUU